GCUCAUUGAGUACUACUGCUUUCCUCAGGAGCACGUUGGUGGAGAAAGUAGCUGACCUCCAUAAUUAGCACUGUGUGAGACCAGUUUCACAGCACGCUAUUUGUCAAAAAUCCGUCUUCCGUUAAUUACUGGUGCGGACUUCGCUGUUGCAAGAAAACCGCUUCAUCAUGACAAGAAGACCCUGUGCAGUUUACGCGACCGGGAUCAUCUGCGCCCACCUGCUAAUAGUUGGCAUCGCCUUGAUUGUGGCUCAAGUCUUCCCAACAUUGAUUCAGAACCGUUUAAAAAAGGAGGUAACUUUGACAGAAGGAAGCCGGGUAUUUGAGUCAUGGAAGAACCCUCCUGCUCCAAUAUACAUGCAGUACUUCUUCUUCAACGUCACCAACCCAGAUGAUUUCGUGUCUGGGGGCAAAGCUACCGUUGAGCAAGUUGGGCCGUACACUUACAGGGAAUACAGGCCGAGGGAGAACGUGAGCUUCGUGGACAAUGGGACAAAGGUCUCUGCCUUCACUCCCAAGAGUUUUGUGUUCCUGCCGGAGCAGUCGGUGGGUGACCCUGAAGUCGACCUUGUGACGACCAUCAACAUCCCCGCCCUGGCGGUGAUGAACAAGGUGAAGGGAAGCUUCUGGAUGGGCACCAUGGUGUCAAUGUGGAUGAAAUCCAUAAAUGUAGGAAUAUUCAUGACGCGCCCUGUCGAAGAGAUACUGUGGGGCUUCAAAGACCCACUUCUCACUUCUAUGCACAAAAUGAAGCCUGAGGUUGAGGAGUACUUUGGCUUAAUGUACAAGAAAAAUGGGACCAGUGCUGGUGAAUUUGUCCUCCACACGGGGGAAGAGAACUACAUGGACUAUGCCAAAAUACACACGUGGAAAGGCGAAAGAGAAAUCUCGUGGUGGGCAUCCAACGAGAGCAACAUGAUCAACGGCACCGAUGGAAGCGGGUUCCACCCUCUCGUGGCCAAAGACGAGCAGCUCUACGUCUUCACCCCAGACCUCUGCAGGUCCAUCUACAUGAAGUUUGUGAAGGACGUUGAGAUCAAAGGAAUCCCUGCCUACCGCUUCGCCCCCCCGAGAGACGUUCUGGCCAGCCAAGAGGAGAACCCAGCCAACGCCGGGUUCUGCGUGCCCCCCGGUCAGUGCUUGGGCACGGGCGUGCUCGACGUCAGCAUGUGCCGAAAAGGCGCUCCAGUUGUGGUCUCAUUUCCACAUUUCUACCACGGAGAGGAUAAGUACAUAAACGGAGUGGCAGGCCUGUCGCCAAACCAGGAGGACCAUGAAACAUUCCUCGACAUUAAUCCGACCCUCGGGAUCCCUAUCCGAGCAUCCAAAAGGGCGCAGAUAAAUAUUCUAGUGAACAGAAUCUCUGGCUUCCCCAUAACCAAGAAAUUAACUGAGACUAUCUUUCCAAUUGUGUAUGUAAAUGAGACAGUGGUGAUUGACGAUGCGUCAGCAGCGAAGAUGAAGAAACUGUUAUUAAUGGUGAUGCUGGUCUCCAACUUCCCCCUCCUGAUUGUUGGCUUGGGCUCCCUCCUCCUGAUCGUUUUCAUCAUCCUCAUCAUCAAGUCCCGACAAAAGAAGACAACUGCAAAGGAAGAAACAAGCUACUCGCAAGUAAAUGACAAGCCAGACGACGACUGCCUGGACCAGCACAAGAAUGGCUCGUACAUCGCCAUGUCCCCCGUGGAGGGAGAGAAGUGUUGAGGUUGCUGCGGGGUGGGGGCUGUUACUGUGGCGGUGUUGCAACCGGCAGGGCGGCGCUCCAAUAAAUGUAUUGUCGAUCAAGACGCUGCUUGUUCUGCUGUUCUUGGGAUCAGCCUUCCUCUCAGAGCUGGCUUCUUUGCAUGGCCUUGCUUCCUGUCUCUUUGUUCCAGCCGCCUCUUUGCGCUGGGGGGGUCAGACCACACACACAACACACCUGAGCAUGUGUGACCGUGAGAUGCUCCUGCUCUACACUGAACAUGAAAUUCUGGAAUGAACAUUGUAUCCAAAUUAGCCAUGCUAGCAUAUGAAGAUGAUUACAAACACUGUACAUCUACAGUGUAACCUGCACAUUUCCUUGUUUCUUUCCCAUUUAAAUCACGGCAGUGAUUCUCAUAUUGACUCGGGUAUAUCCUGAGCCUUUUUUGCAAUACUCAUCAGGCAUGAAAGAGUCUUUUGAGACUGGGAACACGCCCCCCCCCCCCCAAAGUUAGGGAUAACUUUGAACCUCUGUGUUACUAACACGGCAUUCUGGUAGAUCAAUAGUUCCAGGUAUUUUGCAUCAUUUCCAGGUGUGCAUUCUCUCCGCCUACCUCUUCCCUCUCCUAGCAGCUCCUCUUUAAAUCUUGUAUGCUCUUUUUUUGCCAUGCUUCAAUGAAUGUUUUCCAUAUAUAUUGGGACGCAUUUACGUCUCAGGGUUCAGGGUGAUUAGAAGUGUAUUGUUUUUGCCGUUACACCUUGCACUCUAAAAUUGUUCAGUGUUGUGGUAGAACAUUUCCUUGCUGUGAAGAAAAUGGGGGUUUGUGCUUUGUGAAUACAUGCCCUCAUAUGAAGUUAUCAUUUGUGCAGAUGAAAAGUAGCACAUGAAUGUAGAAGCUCUGUAAUGCAUUACAUGAUGUUUAUGCUCUGUAGAAAUCGGUGAAAUUCUUGAGCUAAAUGGUGAGAUGUUGAAUUCCAUAGUGAAGUCUGAUUGUAUAGGUUUUUCUGCCUGUUUGUAAGCUACUGUGGGCUGUAUGAAGAUAACGUAGCAAUUCAGUGUGAUGCAUCUGGCCAUCCGUAUUCCUUAGUUUUUUAAUCCCAUUUAAAUUAAUUAUAGCUUCUGUUAGGCACAAUGAGAUGGACACAACUGUGUAAGGGUUUUGUUUUUGUUUGUUAUAUGAACAUAAGAGAGCAGUCCUUACUUUAUACAAAUGUAACUUAUUUAAGUGACAUUUAAUGGAGUUUGGUCAAAAGCAACCACCACCCUACUUCAAAUGUGGUUUUAUGCGAAGCAAAUUGGCUUUCAACCUACUUUAUAGCAGCCUAUAAUAUUUAAAGCCAGCUCGCUGGAACAGUCUGCUGCACAGUGUGGGUAAACUGUGUGCAUGUGUGCCGAGUGCAAGCAUCCCUCGGUAGCAGUCGUUUCCGUUACGGUGCAAGGGAAAGUAUGCAUAUGGAAGCAGGAUUUAAGAAAUAAGUGCCCUUUGUUUAAAUAAUGAGCUGUUCUCUUUUUAGCCCUAGUUUAUUACUAGCCUCUGUUGAGCUGCUUAUAGAAUUCACAAUGUGCUUUUUAAUGGUUGUCUUAUCUGGGACAAUGUUGGAUGCUACUUGUUACAUUGUUAGAUUUCAUUGUGGGUCACUAAUAUUGACAGUUGUGCAGUCAAGACUGGAUUGUGGGAUCACGAUAGGAGUUAUGUAUUGAUAAAGCAAUGUAAGUUUAAAAUGGGGUAUGAAUGGUGUGACACACGAUGGAGUGCUUUGAUACUCUGUUUCAUAGUUUAUGUGCCGUAGGUGUGUCCAGUCUCCUUGGAAAUUUCCAAAACUUUAAUUAGACUUUACUUUUCAAGUGAAGGCCAAAAGUGGUUGGGAACUGUAUUUACAGUAUUCUCAGCUCUGUAUACUUGUGUCUCAAAAUAGUGUUUGAUCUGGUAGUUUCCUGCUUCCUUAUGUGAGUUUCAAUAUUUUUGUGACUUGUAAUGCAGGAAGGGCUCACCAAGAUUUAAUUUCAGGAUCAUUUGCAAUGUUUCUUCUUCGAUGCAUGGCUAAGCACAAAAGUUUGGCAAAUUUAGUUAUCAAUAGUAAACAAGAGUAUCAGUUCAAACAUUGCAUGGUAUUUGUAUUGCCAGAAUACAGUAUUGCUCUGUUGAGCACAAUGCUUUUAUUGUAAUGGAAGGAAUAUAUUGAAAGCAACAAUUUGACACCUGUUCUGGGUGGCUCUGCAUUGUACAUAUUUUCUUGAUGACUUGUGUUGUGAUGGCUGUUGAAAAGAUAUUUGGUGUUCAGAAAGAUUGCUUUUUCUCCGGUGAAUCUCUGAAGGUGUGUGUUUUAUUAGCCUUAUGUCAGUUCUGCUAUCCGACGUGUCUGUGCAGAACUGUUGAAGGUUGUCUGAAGAAGUCUGAAUUGUAUUUUAGUUUUUUUAUAGGCCUUGAGUAUUGACAAGUUUUAGGAAGGAAAAAAAAAACUAGCAUUUAAAACUUGACUUUAACUGGCCAUGGUCUUGGGUAAACAUUGGCCUGUCAACUCCAUGGGAGUCCUCAGUUACCAGAAUGUGACCUACUGCUGAACUGUUCUACUGACCUUAAAUAGUCCACUGAGCUUUACACAACCAAAGAGCCCAGGUAGCUUUCAGAUUAUUUUCACACUGCAUUAAGACUCCCGACAACUAUGCUACCAGCUAACUCGUGGUUACUUGAGCUGCUUAAAUAUACAGGACAGUAUUUACAGCAGGGGCUUUUUUCCCCCCAAACAAUGAAGGGUUUGUGCAUUUCAAUUUUUUUUUUCUUUUUUAAAGCAUGUAUAAAGUUCUUGCAUAUUGCUUUUACAGGACUAUAAUUGUACAUUCUGUUACCACAAAGUUGCCAUGACACAAACACACUCAGUAGCAUACAAGGUAUGCUUCACAUAACAGAAGCAGCAGUACAAGGUUUUUUGUGUAUACUAACAUUUUGCAGUGAUAAAAAUAACAGGUCAUUGCUUUACAUUCUAAACGCGCAACUCGUACAUCCCUUAUUGACAAACAGUGCCUUUUAAACUAGGGACAACAAAACGGUUUUCUACAAAGGCGGUUGUGUUUUAGAAUCGACUCAAAUGGCUUCAUGAAAACAUUUCACUUUAUAAAACUGCAUAUGGAUCUUGUGGUAAAAUCACUAAAUUAUUUUCAAAUAAAUGAUAUGUACAAUUGUAUGAAAGGGUAACAUAAUUGCUAUGGCAAACUACUUCAAAAUUUUAAAUAAUCCUCUGUAAAGAUGAGCCCAAUGCAUAAAUGGAAGCUCUUCUGCUGGACUAAACCAAAGUACCAUAGCUUGUAUAAGUGAAGUUGUUUACUUAUUUUGUUUUUGCAGUAAGGCAUGAAAAAUCUAACAUUUGCGCAUAUCCAUUAACAUUUUAUUACAAACUUCUGAACAGUUUGUACAGAAUUCAGAUAAUUUUAUCUUUUUCUUGUUUUUUUUUUUCCUCUGAGAAUUUUUUAUUGCUGUUGUAAAUGCCAAACUUUGCAAAUUAUAUUGGGUGCAAAAUCAUUUCAAAGAAACCUGUGUUUGGGAUUUAGAGUGCACAAAUGUUUCAACAAUGGUUUUGUAAAGAAAAAAUAAAAAAAUAAAAUCCAAUGUAUUUGCAUCAAAAUAAAAGCACUUGGUUGAGUGUGAA